AUGAUUUCCAUCUUUGCUUUAGAUCAGGUUAACAAGUCCAACCCGGCAUAUGCAGCUUACUCAGCAGAAGAUGGAGAGGACUGGCGUUACCGCGGCCAUUUGAUUAUUGACCAUGACGGGAGUCAGGAAUUUAUCAACGGCAGCCCUAACAAGAAAUCUGUCUACGACGCACCUCGCAGGUAA